CUACCGGGUUAACCACCGGGUUAACCACCGGGUUAAAUACCAGGUUAAACCGUCUAACUCAGGCACUGACUAUACUCCGGAAUACUUGACGUUAACGCGACAGUUUAAAUCCGGUGUUUACUUCCGGGCGGACGGUUCACACUGUGACACCAGACUUCAUCUCGAUCCAACAACAUCACGUGUCAGACGAUUCUAAGAAAAUGCCUCAGACCAACAAGUCGCAGAGCGGGGGCUGUGUGCCAGGACAGGCAUCUGCCCCGGACCAGGGCGAGCCGCCACCGGCCUCAGCAGACGCCAGGGCCCAGGUGGCUGCUGGCGAAGGAGGCGCAGGAGUCGGUGCAGGAGACGAGGGAGACGCGGAGAUCAUCAAAUCACCCAGUGACCCAAAGAAAUACAGGUACAUCGAGCUGACUAACGGCCUCCGAGCUCUCCUGAUCUCCGACUUCAGUGGGUCCGACUCGAAGGGCUGUGGUGAAGACGGAGAGGACAUGGCUGAGGCUGAGGCCCAGGGCGAGGAGGAAGAGGAAGAUGAAAGGGAUUCCGGUGAGGGCUCAGAGGAGGACGAGGAGGAGGACGAAGAGGCAGAGGAGGACAGCGACUUUGAGGAGCUGGACGAGGAGAGCGCAGGGAAGAAGAAAGGGAGCUCUGAGAAACAGGCUGCAGCUGCUCUGUGCAUCAGUGUGGGGAGCUUCAGUGACCCGGAAGACCUGCCCGGCCUCGCCCACUUCCUGGAACACAUGGUGUUUAUGGGCAGUGAGAAGUAUCCAGCAGAGAACGGCUUUGACGCCUUCUUGAAGAAGCACGGAGGAAGUGACAACGCCUCCACCGACUGUGAGAGAACCAUCUUUCAGUUCGAUGUGCAGAGGAAGUACUUCAGAGAGGCGCUGGACAGGUGGGCUCAGUUCUUCAUCUGUCCUCUGAUGAUUGAGGACGCCAUCGACCGAGAGGUGGAGGCUGUGGACAGCGAGUACCAGCUGGCGAGGCCGUCAGACUCUCAUCGGAAGGAGAUGCUGUUCGGGAGCCUCGCUAAACCUGGACACCCUAUGAGCAAGUUCUGCUGGGGUAACGCUCAGACAUUAAAAGUGGAGCCCAGAGAGAAACAGAUCAACACGUACCAGCGGCUCCGAGACUUCUGGAGGAGAUAUUACUCUGCUCACUACAUGACGCUCACUGUUCAGUCCAAAGAGACUCUGGACACUCUGGAGCAGUGGGUGAGGGAGAUCUUCCUUAAAGUUCCCAACAAUCGUGAACCUCGACCGGACUUCUCUCACCUGCAGCAGCCGUUCGACACACCGGCCUUCAACAAACUCUACCGAGUGAUCCCUGUGAGGAAGGUUCAUGCUCUGACUAUCAGCUGGGCCGUCCCUCCACAGGGAAGACACUACAGAGUGAAGCCGCUUCACUACAUGUCCUGGCUCAUCGGACACGAAGGAACCGGGAGCAUCUUGUCUCUGCUCAGGAAGAAGUGCUGGGCUCUGGCUCUGUUUGGAGGAAACAGUGAGACGGGCUUCGAUCAAAACACUACCUACUCCAUCUUCUCCAUCUCUAUCACCCUCACCGACCAGGGCUACCAGAACUUCUACCAGGUGGUCGAUUUUGUGUUCCAGUAUCUGAAGAUGCUCCAGACUCUGGGCCCCCAGCAGAGGAUCUAUGAGGAAAUUCAGAAGAUAGAAGCCAAUGAGUUCCACUAUCAGGAGCAGACGGAUCCCAUCGAGUUUGUGGAGAACAUCUGUGAGAACAUGCAGCUGUUUCCCAAGGACGACUUCCUGACUGGGGACCAGCUCAUGUUCGAGUAUGACCCUCAGGUGAUCAGUGCUGCUCUGUCCCUGCUGACUCCAGACAGAGCGAACCUGCUGCUGUUGUCACCAGAAAACGAAGGUCGCUGUUCACUCAGAGAGAAAUGGUUUGGAACCUGCUACAGCAUGGAGGAUAUCCCAGAGACGUGGGCUCAGCGCUGGGCGACAGACUUUGAACUCAACCCUGAUCUCCAGCUUCCUGCUGAGAACAAGUUCAUCGCGACGGACUUCGCCCUGAAGACGUUUGACUGUGCCGACACGGAGUUCCCCGUCCGGAUCGUGAACAACGAGCGCGGCUGUCUGUGGUACAAGAAGGACAACAAGUUCAAGAUCCCCAAAGCUUAUAUUCGUUUCAACUUGAUCUCCCCGGUGAUACAGAGGAGCCCGGAGAAUCUGGUUCUGUUCGACAUCUUCGUCAACAUCCUGGCUCACAACCUGGCGGAGCCGGCGUAUGAGGCCGACGUGGCGCAGCUCGAGUACAAACUGGUGGCCAGCGAGCACGGACUGGUGAUCCGGCUGAAGGGCUUCAACCACAAACUGCCGCUGCUGCUGACGCUGAUCGUGGAUCACCUGGCGGACUUCAGCGCCGAGCCGGGCGUCUUCACCAUGUUCUCAGAGCAGCUGAAGAAAACCUACUUCAACAUCCUCAUCAAACCGGAGCGACUCGGGAAAGACGUCCGUCUGAUGAUCCUGGAGCACUGUCGCUGGUCGGUCAUUCAGAAGUAUCAGGCCGUGGUCAAAGGUCUGACCGUGGACGACCUCCUGGCGUUUGUCGCCGGGCUGAAGGCGGAGCUGUACACUGAGGGGCUGGUGCAGGGGAACUUCACCAGCACGGAGUCCAGGGGCUUUCUGCAGGCCUUCACCCAGAAGCUGCAGUACCAGCCUCUGUCUGCAGAGGUCCCCGUGUUGUUCCGGGUGGUGGAGCUGCCUCAGAAGAAUCAUCUCUGUAAAGUCAAGUCUCUCAAUAAGGGAGACGCCAACUCUGAGGUCACCGUCUACUACCAGUCGGGGCUGAAGAACCUCAGAGACCACGCCCUCAUGGAGCUGAUGGUGAUGCACAUGGAGGAGCCCUGCUUCGACUUCCUCAGGACGAAGGAGACCCUGGGGUACCAGGUGUACCCGACCUGCAGGAACACCUCAGGAGUGCUGGGCUUCUCCGUCACGGUGGAGACACAGGCCACCAAGUUCAGCACCGAGUUCGUGGAGGCGAAGAUCGAGGAGUUCCUGGUCAGUUUCGGGGAGCGCCUGGCGAGCCUGAGCGAGGAGGCCUUCAGGACCCAGGUGACGGCUCUCAUCAAGCUGAAGGAGUGCGAGGACGCUCACCUGGGGGAGGAAGUGGACCGCAACUGGUUUGAGGUGGUCACCCAGCAGUACGUCUUCAACCGGCUCAACAAGGAGAUCGAGGUUCUGAAGCACUUCACUCAGGAGGAGCUGGUCUCCUGGUUCCUGGAGCACAGAAACACCAGCAGCAGGAAGCUCAGUGUUCACGUGGUGGGUUUCGGGGUCGAGGAGAACGACCCCGCGGAUCAGGGCGUCGCCUGCGGCUCAGACGGCUCGGACAACCCCCCCACCUCGUCCUACGGGGAAGUCAGCGAGCUGAGCUUCCUGUCGGCCUCCUCGCCGUCGCUCCAGGACGCCACGCUCAUCAGCGACAUCAGAGCGUUCACCUCCUCCCUCCCCCUGCACCCCUACCACAAAAUCCUCAGCUAGGCCCCUCCCACUGAAGACUGACUCACUAACCAUGGCGGUGACUAGCACUCGUAAUCACACAGGUCAAGAGGUCGAGUUUAGGACACGAACCCAGAAACGUUUCAGAAAUGUUAGUUCUCUUCUUUAUGUGAUGAUGAUGUGUUCAUGUCCUGGAGGAAAAUGUAGAUCUGAGCUUCUUAUUGAUAAAUCAUAAUUCUCACCAAGACACAACUUUCAUAAUCUCAAGGCUCUUUACACUUUGAUGUCGAGUUCAUCGGCCGUAAAUAAAAAUGGACGACACGCCUCCACCUCCUCCAGAAUGAAGUGAAAAUAUCUCAGAUACAAACGCUGCCAUCUUGUGGUGGUGACGUCAUUUACAGUCAGAGUGUAAUCUGACCUCAUCAUCAUACAACGAUUCAAUCUGUUAACAUGGAGGUUUAUCACCUGUACUGCAGCCAGCCACCAGGGGGCGAUACAGAGGCUUCUUCAUGUCGGCCAUCUUUAGUUACAGUCUGUUGUUGAGACCUCAGUGUAAAAGUUUGAACUUUGACCUUAAACCCAAAUUAAACCAAGUCUGUGACAAACCCUUAUUUUAACUAUUAUUAUUUAUAAUAAUUUGUGGAAACUUUUAAUUGAAGCGUACGUCACAGUUGAACAAAUUUAUGAUCAAAAAGAUAAACAAAGACUAUCAAUAAAACUUCUGACUGAAGAAGCUGGAACAAGAGUUAUUAAAAUAUUGAAACAUUAAAACGGCAGCAACGUGACGAGUGGUGGAUCUGUGAAAUGAGAUUUUCCCAGGUGCAGUGAACGCAGCACGAUGCCUCGGGUCACAUGAUCCCUCUGUAAUGUUCACUUAUUUCAAUGUGUAGAUCUGAACAGAAACUGAUGAACUGUGUGAAUCUGUUGUUGAGGCGGACGACGAGUUUGACAUCAAGAUAAUCCCACAUCUUCAUUACAUUUUCAGUUCAAGUGAAUUUAAAAAUAGCGACUGAUUGUUAAUUCUUUCUUUAAAUGAUAAUAAAAAAGUGUUUGUAAAAUGUU